UGAAAUCUGAGAGCCUUCUGGCUCUGGGUUGUGAUCUUGUUAUACAUCUCUUUCUCUCUCCUCCCUCUCUCUCUCUUACUUUCUCUCUCCUCUCAAUCCCCAAAUGAACUUGUAAAACACUCUUUUCCUGCUUCUGGUUGGUUAAAUUCUUGUGUUUUUUUUUACUGUUGUUGCAUGGGGUUUUGUAGAGGAGAAGAAGUAAAACUAAAACUAAUGAUGAUGGAAGGUAAAGAAAAUGGUUGUUUAGCAGUGAAUUAUCUGUUGUACUGCACCAUUUCAACUGCUUCAAUUCUUCCUUACUUGGAAACUCAACACAACAUCUGAAACACUCAAUAAAGUUGACUAAAGCAUUUAACUCUUUUAUUGAAAAUUAAAAAGGCAUAAACUUUUUAAAGUUUGAGAAUUAUGAAGAGAAUUAGCAGCUCAGAUUCAUUGGGUGCCCUCAUUUCCAUGUGCCCUCCUACAGAUGAGCAUAGCCCAAGGAACAACAUAUACAGCAGAGAUUACCAGUCUAUGUUAGAUGGGUUUGAUGAAGAAGGAUGUAUAGAAGAAACCGGGCACGUACCGGAGAAGAAGAGACGGCUAAGUGUGGAUCAGGUCAAGGCUUUGGAGAGGAACUUUGAGGUUGAGAAUAAGUUGGAACCUGAAAGGAAGGUUAAGCUUGCUCAAGAGCUUGGGUUGCAGCCUAGACAGGUUGCUGUUUGGUUUCAGAACCGUAGGGCUCGGUGGAAGACUAAGCAGUUGGAGAGAGAUUAUGGUGUUCUUAAAGCUAGUUUUGAUAAUCUCAAGCAGAAUUAUGAGUCUCUUCAACAUGACAAGGAUGCACUCCAUAAAGAGAUUAAAGAGUUAAAAUCAAAGCUGAGUGAAGAAAAUGUCUCAGACAGCAAUACACACAUCAAAGAAGAAGCUUUGAUAUUUGAAUCCGACAACGAUCACAACAAGAAAGACGUUGAGCUGAUCACCCCACUCGACACACUGAGUGGCGGCGACGGUGGAUCGGAGGAUGCAAAGCUGCUGAAGGUAAAUAAUGCAUUCCCCGAAUUCAAAGACGGACCAUCAGACAGUGAUUCAAGCGCAAUCUUAAACGAUGACAAUAACAGUAACAGUCCAAAUGCAUCAAACUCUUCAAGCGACGCACUCUUCCACCACCCGCAGCAGCAGCAGCUACUGAUGUCACCAACAUCCUCCUUCAGAUUCAACUGUUCUUCAUCACCUCCGCCUUCAAUCAACUGUUUCGGCUUCGCAGCCGAAACAAGAUCAGACAAUUUAGCCACUCCCCAGAAUCACAACAAUGUAUAUCAUCCCCAAUUCGUGAAGAUUGAAGAACAUAACUUCUUCAGUGGUGAAGAAGCUUGUAACUUCUUCUCUGAAGAACAAGCUCCUUCUCUUCAUUGGUACUGCCCAGAUCAGUGGACUUAAUGAUCCCAAAAUCAAAACCCUUAAACAAACAAAAAAAAAAUGAGAUGAUCAAAUUUGAGGAAUUUCAUGGGUUUUGGGAACAUAACUCAAUAAAAAACAUCCUUCCAAAUUAAUUGUAUAGAGGUUAAGUUCCCAAAGCACUGUGAUUUUUCUUGUUGGAAGCAAGAAAAAUGGAGGGGAAAAGAGGCCAUGUGAGGAGAGAGAAAGAUGACGUCUUUUAGAGGUGGCCGUGUCUUGUAGUAUUACACCGUGCGGCAAAUGAAUGAAUGAUUAGGCAGUAAUUGGGGAGUUUUCUAUGCUGUAAAAACAUGAACAAGAUUAAUAUUAUUAUUACUAAUAUGCACGAACAGGAUAAAUCCUGUAUAAUGCAAAUAAUAAUAUAUGAUGAUGGGGUUUAUAAUCCCCUUUUUCUUGGUCA